UCAGUAACAAAGCGGUCACACUGGAUGAAAUUCAUAUACACAUACACGCGAACGACGACCGUGUGCGGAUUCGUGGAUCAAAUCGAAAUUGGCAGGAUUAAAAGCAUACGCGAACUCAAAUGCAGCGGCUAAAAGGCUGCCCACGCACCAAAGAAACAAACUAGUUGGAUAAGAGAAAAACUAAUCUGCGGUUAAUAUGUAAAAAUCAGUGAAAUUGGCAAGUUCAAUGCACGACUAAUAUAUUUGGCCACAUAUGCCAGUGUGCGUAAGUGCUAGUGUGUGGGUGUAUGGUGUCGUUUCCGUGUGUGUGUGCGUCUGCGAAGAAGUAUGUGUGCGUAUAUUCGUAUAUUUGCAAGACUCGCGGAUGAAACAGCGUGAAAAGUGAGCGAAAUAUCGGGGAAAAGGUACGGAACGGUACGGGAAAAGCGUAGCCAAAUAACACCUUGAUCCGGACAAGGAUAAUGGGGAUAUAGGAUCCCUAUAGCCACCGCACCACAGUGGGUCGGUAGGGCAACGUCAAGCGAGAGCAGCACUCGAAAGUAUAAAAAUUAAAAAUCAAAAGCAGGAACGGAGCUGAGAUGUCCAAGCGGCUGCACUGAGUCAAGUGUUUGGUGUUGUGAAAUUUUCCGUCUCCAUCUCACCGUUCUCCUACCCCUACGACAUCCUUAAACGUUAUCCCAUCAUCUAUCAAAAUUUUCAAUUAUACGCAAAAAAGUCAAAUUCGGCUACUAGCCAAACAAAAAAAAAAUAAUCACGCAGUAAAGAAGAAGCAGCAGCAAUAGCAGCAGCCGCAGCCGAAAAAAGACGAAAAGAAAACUUGUUUGAAAAAGACCGAACCGAAAGAAAAAGAACAGCAGAGCGUCAGCAGCAGCAGAGUUCGGAAUUCAAGAAUUCCAGCGUGCUAGGAACGAGCACCGCACUGGACCGGACCGACGACGUCACCAAAUAUAUACGCAUCACCAUGGACGAGGAUGACAACCUGUCCAAUGCCGAUAUCAGCAUCGAGGACGAGGACGAAUCCUCCCUCGUGGAUCUCUCAUCGGUGUAUGUCCUGCCGCCCAUAGUCUCGCCACCAGCGCCAACUGAUGUUCGCAUUAGUACCAGUGGAGCUGGAGGAACCACAACAACGGCAGCCACCGACAAUUCGCAUUCCCCCUUUCACGACUGGGAUUCCAGUGUGGCGGCCGCUGCUCCACCGCCGCCGCUACCUAGGGGAGCCACUGCAGCGGGCUCUGGAUCGGUAUCUGGUACUGCAGCUGGUGCAGGGGCGGGAGGAGCAUCCUCCGGCGAUGCUGGUGCCAAGCCGAGCUUCUUCUUUGGCGCCUCGUCCUUCAGUUUGCGCAGCCGCAAAGAAGUGGCCGCCCUGAUCAACACGGAAUGCUGCCGUGGCGGCCCAACACCCGAUCUUGACUCCAUAAUGGACACCCUGUUCAAUCCGGGCACGCCCAUUGAUAAUCUGGACAACAUCGAGUGGAUACGAUGGCUCAUAGCCGGCGGACGAACGCCGCACGAGUUUGUUAUAAUUGUGCGCAGUUAUGACAACCACGCCAAAUGCGGACUAGUGUGGGUGCCCCAUGUGGUGGCUUACAGGUGUCGCACCUGCGGUAUCUCGCCAUGCAUGUCCAUAUGCCGGGAUUGCUUCAAGAAGGGCAACCACACGAACCACGAUUUCAAUAUGUUCCUUUCGCAGGCGGGUGGUGCCUGCGAUUGUGGUGACACCUCGGUGAUGAAGGCAGAAGGAUUCUGCAGCGAUCAUGGCAUUAAUAACCGUGUCAAUCGCGAUCCGGUGCCAAACAAUCUGUUGGCGGUGGCUGAGGCCAUUAUGCCGAAGCUGCUGUUUCGCUUGCUGCAACACUUCCGCGAGCACAGCGACACUACACUGCAGGUGCAUGCGAUGACCUCGUACUCGUGCGAGGAGUUCGCCAACAUGCUGAUCGACCUGAACAACAUGGGUGAGAUAAUGCGCAAGGUGAUGACGCGUACGCUGAUCAAUCCUGAGGUAUACGCCUAUUUUAUGGAGGCACCGUGCCAAGAUACGCGGAACGGUCGUUUCCUGAAAGCGAACCGGGAGAAGUACGAGGAUGCGGUUAACAGAUUCCCAAAUCCAGAGCCACCCGAUGAGUACAGGGACUUGCCGGCACUCGGUGACAAACUGGUUCACACCACGCUGCUCGAGGAGUUCAUCUUCUGGACAUUCAAGUUCGAGUUCCCACAGACGCUAGUCUGUUUCCUGCUCAACAUGCUUCCCGAUCAGGAUUACAAGGAACACCUCACCCGCACUUUUGUAAUGCACUACAGUCGCAUACCGUCCGUGCUGGAAAUGUCUCGUGAUCCCGACACGCUCAGCAACCGAGUGGUCCAUAUGAGCGUCCAGCUCUUCUCCAACGAAAGUCUGGCCCUCAAGAUGGUCAAUGAGCUGUCACUGUUGCACGUGAUGAUUAUCAGUCUAAAGUUGAUGAUGUCCAAGAUACUCAUACAGAAUACCUUGCAUGAUCCUAGCAAGAAUUUCCACUUUGUUAUCGAUUGCACGCGGCAAGUGAUGAAGGACCACUGUUACUGGCCGCUAGUCUCCGACUUUAACAACGUCCUGUCCCACGAAUCGGUGGCCCUAGUCUUUCUGCGGGACGAUAACCUCAUCGACAUGUGGUUCCAGUUUCUCCAGAUGCUCCAGGGCAUGAAUGUUAAUGUGCGGGAGACAGCUUCUCAUGUCGAAUUCGAGCCGAACAGCUACUAUGCGGCGUUCUCCUGCGAACUGGAGGCGAGUGCCUAUCCCAUGUGGUCGAUUAUUUCGCAUCUGCAGGAUGGCACGCACGCCCACCUCGCUAAAAAGAUCAUUAACUACUGUGUGACGACGCUGCAUGAGUGGCUAGAUUCUAUUUACUUUAUGGAGGCGCGUCUAUCCAUGGAGGAGAUGAUGCAGGCUUCGUUCCACUUUCCACUGCAUCGGUAUUUGGCCGCCUUUGUAUGCCAAGCGGUAACCAAAAUGGGAAUUAGUCUGAACGACGUGUUGCCCUCGCGCCCAUAUCUCCUGCCCCUCCUGAUGAUCCAUCCGCUCCGUGUUCAGAGUUUCUUUUAUGAGAUCCUGGCUGGAAAAUGGGUGCGCAACGGGCUUCAGAUAAAGGGCCAGGCAAUGACCUACAUCCAGGCGAACUUCUGCAAUUCUAUGGCGGAUAUGGACCUGUUUUUCCUGCAGAUCUGUGCCACAAACCUACCGCAGUACUUCUUUCUGCAGAACACCAUUGAGCUGUUCGACGUGGGUCAGUGGUUGGAGACAGCUCCAUUAAAACAGCCCCAAAAGGCGGAGCAAUCAUCAAUGCUGGAGGGUUUUCUGACCUUUCUAGCUACUCUGGUCACAAGUCGCACCAAUCUGGGAAACGAUGAGGCCACCCAGUGCAUUAUAGAGAUCAGUGCCCUCUUGGCCACUGAGAACAAGACACAUUCGCAGCUCCUUGAACUGAUGCCUGAGAGGUCGGGAAAUGUGCACACUAAGAACUUUGAGACCUUCCUAAAGAAGCUAUCCGUUUAUAAAGCACCGUCGAGUGGAAGCGAGAAUCUGGAGCAGGGUCUCUUUACGCCCAUUGACGAGGUGUGGGAGAAACACUACGACCCGCUGCAUGUUCUUUUGCGAGCAGUUCAUCGCCGAGAUUUUCAAUCCUCGUUGGAUCGGUUUACGAAUUAUGUAAAAAGCAAAGAGAAGAUGCCAGCAAGUGGGAAUCUUUGGCCACCAUUUAGAUUGCCGCAGGCUUUGCCCGCAACUAGCUCCUUUAGUGAUCCUUGCAAGAUUCUAAACUCUCGCGUCUUUCACUCCACCAUCCUUUCAAUAUUUUUUCGUGCAGUGCAUACACGUGACGUGUCCGAACAUCUUCUGGCCCUGGCUGUGUUUCUCUUGGAGAUCGCUGUGGAAACGAGUGAUGAUGUUGGCAGUGGUCCUGGAGAUCGUGCUCCACCUGCAUUGGCAGCCAUGGUGGAGUCCUCGGGUGGUCCGGGUUAUCAUGGUUAUGGUACGGGGCGGCAGGAGCCGCCAAAGUUGUUCCAGUGCUAUGCUACAGACAAUCUCAGCUGCAAUCUUCGUCACGUGGUCAAAAAGGUUUCUCUGAAGUCCCGCGAUCCGCAGGUGAUAACCUCCAGCUAUCGCUCAAAUCCAUUUUACUCGGACCUGGACUUUGAGGUUGAAGCGGAUCCGGAGCAAUCGUUGCGCAUGAUUGGUCAUGUAGAUUCCGAAGGGGAUGAGGCAACGGGUGGAGCUGGCCUAGGAUCAGUUGGUGUGGGCCCUGGAGCCCUUAGUAGAAGGAAUGUCUCGCAGGCGUUAGUGCCUAUGAGAGUGCCUGGUAUGGAGGUUGCCCUGCCACCUGAUCUGUCGGUGGUCGCCGAAACGGGUGUGGUCAUCCGGCAGGACAGCAAUGAAGAUGAGCUAUUGGAGGUGAACGAUCAUGCAAUGGAUAUGAGUCCAGCGGCUGCUCUCGAUUUUCAUUUCCCGCUGCAGCAGAUCACAUUGCCUGAGAGCGGCAUGGAGGUGGCCAUCCGACGGGAUCUUCUGCUGGCCGAGACAAAUAAUAUGGGGGCUGUUGGUGCCGCCAAUCCAUCGGCCACACCCCCUGCUGUGGCUUCCAAUGAGAUGUUUUCGCCAACCACACCCACAGGCAGUGGCAUGCUCCUGCCCUUUCAGAGAGUUCAGCCCGUAGCCGUUCCCAGCAGCGUAAACAUGGAUAUUGUCCCAUCAAAUUCCCUGGGCGCUAGCGGAAGCUUUACCUCUGGCGUAAGUGGCAGCGGCACUGGACGUAGAAUGAACUACGAGUCGGGUGGAGCACGAAAACGAUCCGUAGAUAUUGCCAUCGGUGGCAGCAACAAGGAUGAACUGCACUUAGACGAAAGCAUCUUGUCGUUGCUGCUUAAGCUUCAUUCACAGCUAUCGGGCACGCUGGAUAGCUUUUCGUUGAGCGAUGGCGAAGAGCAAUCUUCUGAAGACGAUUCCGCCAUGGAUGUGGACUGUAACGAGGCCAGCACGUCCAUGGCAGCAGCGGAAAGCACUGCUCUGGCCGAAAGGGGCCGCUGCAGGCGCAAUUACAAGAAUAUCCAUGUAUCCUCAUCCCGUAUCGGCGAUGGUCCAUUCUUUAUUGGCAAUCUGUUGCGGAAAAUUGCCAAGCAGGAUGAGCAAUGCGCCCUCAGCAUCGACGACAUCCGAACUAGACUCUGGCCCAAUCAGCGCGAGAAGCAGGCGGAGGCAAAAGCUCGUGAAACCAAGGAAAAGGAGGAGCGCCGCAAAAAGGCGCGUGAGCGUCAACAGAAGAUGAUGCAAGACUUUGCUAACAAGCAAAAGCAGUUCAUGCAAUCUGCGGCAGCGGCAGCUAGCAGCAUGGACUACGGAGCGGAGGAUGAGGACGACGAGGAGCUAUACGAGGAGCAGCCGCGCGAGAAGGAGUACGACUGCAUUAUCUGCAAUUGCACUACACCCAGCACGGAAUCAAAUCCUAUUGGUCUGGUGGUUCUAGUCGAAUCCAGUGGCAUUGUUGGUCAUCGGCGGCGCAUCGCUGAACGACUGCCGCUCCCUCUAAACGAGGACGAUGAGUCUCGAUUAAAGCACUCCACUCGACUGGCCGCUGAAUUUAGCAGGCGUACGGAACUGCUUAGUCUCAAAUUCGGCGAUGAGUCUUGGUAUCUGUCCAACAACAUGGCCUAUGACAAUGGUGUACACGUGCAAUCGUGUGGCCAUCACGUUCAUCUCAGUUGCCUUGAGGCGUAUCUCAAGACGCUUUAUACUACCCAAAGGCAACCGGUUCAGGAUCGUGGCGAGUUCUACUGUCCAGUGUGCCGGCAGCUAUCCAAUUCGGUGCUGCCGCUGAGUCCACAGCUGGAUAGACCCACGCACCUCGUCCGCUCGGGUAACCAGCCCUUUGAGCGUCUCGUCGCCGAUCUCACCGAUCUGAUAAAGGAGAACGAGACGAUACCGCCCACAAAACUAACUGAGGCAAUGGGUCAUGCCAUGGAGGUGAUGACAAACAUUGCCCAGCGGAAGGUAAAAUGCGCAUCAAUCACGUUCCGCAAGCUGUUCAUCUUCGUUACCUCGAUUGCGCGUACUAACUUGGAGGCGGAAAUCAUCCAGCGAGGCGGAUCGCUCUGCUCAGCAAAUUCUACGCGGUACAAGCCAAAACGCGACUGCAUUGUACCGUUAUUACACGUGUUAUCGGUCCAUGUGCGUGUCCUGGUCGAGUGGCCGCUGUGGAGCAGCUGGGCGUCGUUAGCCGGCUUACCUGUGAGCGAUUCAGAACCGCUUCCGGCGCAUUGCCUCGAGUUGAUUCCUAGCCUUUUGGCGGAUCCCAUUGCGCUGUUACUCAAGUUCAUCCUGCUGGCUCCGCUGCAUCUAGAUCAGGAUUACUUCACCUGUAUGGUAAAAGUUAUGUACAACCUGCUGUACUACCAGAUUGUGGUACAGCUCUGCGUUACCCUCACAGACUUCGAAUGCGAUCACAUUCUCAAAGUUUAUGGUAGCAGCAGCACUCCUGCUGCCGAUGCCCAACCGGAAUCUGCAACGAGCAGCUCAUACAAUCGUCGCCGUGCCGGUCACCAGCAGCAAAGCUCCUCGCAACUGGGCAAAGCCAUGGCUCUGGUGUUGAGUCAGACAAAUGAGUUAGCUCACUUACGACGGGAUUGUAUACCUAGUACAAGUAGUUCGGCGGCAGCGGCGGCGGCUGGUUCCUCCUCAGCAACCGCCUCGGGAUCCGGCGUUGCUACAGUCUCCACCUCAUCGUCAACCUCUCCGCACGAGGUCAACCUUAAGUCCAUGGAGCUACAACUACAAUCUCUUUGUUUGCCCUUCCUUCGAGUGGCUGCCCUGCUGCGGCAGCAUCUUUAUCGCCACGAGAUGCCGGAGAUCUCGGCCCCGGGACUGGAGUUUGUGCGUCUUGUCUAUUAUUUGGAACUGGUCACCGAUUCAAUGGACUGGGAUUGUUUUAAUGCCAGCAAGGGCCUGUGCUUUAUACCCGGCACUGAGCAAACGCUGCCAAAGUUCUGGUGCCAGCAGCUAAUGGAAGUACGUCCUCCAGCAGAUACCGUUAGAGAAUUGGUGCUCAUCAAUCAGCACUCGCUGUGGCAACAGCCUCGACUACUCGAACUGCCGCGCGAGUACGAACGUUUGUUUACCUACUAUCACGAGCGACCGUGCCUCAACUGCUACAAAGUGCCCAAGGAGAGCUCGAUCUGCCUGCUGUGCGGGACGAUUGUGUGUCUCAAGCAGAACUGCUGUGCAGAGAACGACUGUUGCGAGGCUGUUAGGCAUACGCUUUCCUGUGGCGGUGGCAUCGGCAUCUUUUUGGUGGUCACGUCUACGUACAUCAUCGUUAUCCGCGGACGACGCGCCUGUCUUUGGGGUUCAUUGUAUCUAGACGACUUCGAUGAAGAGGAUCGCGAUCUGAAGCGAGGCAAGCCUUUGUAUUUGAGUCAAGAUCGAUUCAAUCUACUGGAGUCGCAGUGGUUAUCCCAUAAGUUUGCUCACACAAAACACACUUGGGUGUUCCAUCGGGAUCUCUUGUGAAAUAUGGAAGAUCUAUUGCGUAGCAUCCAGGAGUUGGUUGGCCAGAUCUGAGAUGGGGUUAGGUGCGUCAGUCAGCUGCCCGUCCGCUCGUCGCCUAGUCGAACCAGUCAAGCACCAGCCUCCCUUUAUAUCCCUUGUCCUUAUCGCCUGUCCAAAACUUCCCUUAAUUUUGUCCCAUAUGUUUAAGCAAGUUUCGCUGUUGUUUCGGAGCUUUGUAAGCGAAUGAGGAGUAGGACACCCGGUCACGUUUUGUCUGCUAUCCGUAUCCGUAUCUGCAUCCGUAUUUGUUUACGGUCAUCGCCCCACUACACUCCCACAUCUCCUAACGCACCUAGGAACAACAUCGGCAAUUUGCAAUUAAUUGAUAUUACACAUUUUUAUAUAUAACAAUAAUUAUAAAUAUGGAUGCAAACAUUACGAAAAAACUACAGCUAUAUGAUUGUUUGUUGUCAACUGUUCAACUGAGAGAAGCAUAAUAUAUACAUCAUAUAUAGAAAUCCGCCAAUUCUCGCGAUCAACAAGAAUAUUUAACUACAAAUUUAGUGCGACUUAUAAAUAUAUAAAUAUGCUACUCACCCAUUUGCUGGGCGUAGAUGAAGAUGAAAUGAAACGGAAAUUUAUGCUCCGCGCUAUUCUCUCUAGUUGCGUUCUACCUAAACUAAGUUUAAAGUCUUUAAAUUCAUAGGUUUUUUUUAUGGAAACAAGGCAAGAAAGCAAAUAACAAGUGACGAAUAACACGAUAUUCAAUUUUACAAUUGUCUACUUUGGCCUCAUGAGUUUGUGCAUGUAAAAAAUGAAAAAAGAUUAUAUAGUUAAUAUAUAUAUAUAUAUAAAUACAAUAUACAAGUACACUAAAGUUAAUGCAACAAAAACAAAAAAAAUGCGAAAAAAAAAAAAACAAUAAACGAAAAGCGAAUUGUGAAAUCCGUAGAAAUUAGUUUGCAAAUACCCCAUUAUACAUAAAUAUUAUGUAAUUAAGAGUGGUAACAAGAGGGGAAAAAUGAUUAAUUGAGAGGGUAAUAUUGGAAAUGCUAGGAUCAGAGAUGAAUUUGUUAUUAGUUUUUACAAAUUGUGUGUUUUGUGAACGGCGCUGCAAUGGAAAUUCGAUGUUGUUUCAACCUAAAAAACAUGAGCAUACCCAAAAUGUUCAUUUUGAACGAUCAAAUUGACCCACUGCAAAGAUUAGCUAAUAUUUCAAGAAUUGGUAUACAUACAUAAAUAUAAGCUUUUUCAAAAAAAAAAAAUAUCUCAAGUUGAAGUAAUUUCUUUAUAAAAAACCUGGUUGUCUAAAAUUUGGUAUAAAUUUCCAUCGAGUUAUAGAACAAUUGCAUGUGAGUUACGCAAAAAGACAUGGGAAUAUAUGCUAGAAACUGUAAAUACACUCAAAACGAAGCUGCAUCUUGUAUAAUUAUGUAUUUAAUAUAUAUCACAUUUUACCUUCUUUUUUUUUUGCUAGUUAUACAAAUCUAGAUGUUUCGGUUGACUCCUAGACUAACUAAAUACUACUCUGCAAAACAAAAAGGAAAAGAAAACACGAUUUAAGAGAUUAAAUGGCACAGCACAGCAAAACACACUCCUAAUACACACCAUAUAUACAAACACCCACACACACACACACACACACAUAUUUAGUACACCCAAAAGACAUUAUGUAAACAUAUUAUGAGUGACCGAACCGAAAAACCCUGAAUAAAAUUGAAAAAUGAUUACAAAAAGAAA